CAACAAAACUUCCAAAUGGCCUUUACUGGGAAGUAUGAAUUGGAGAGUCAGGAAAACUUUGACCAACUCAUGAAAGCUCUGGGAUUCUCAAAUGAUAUCAUUAAGAAAUAUAAAGACAUAACCAGCGUCAUCGAGUUUGUCCAAAAUGGCAAUUCCUUUCAAUGCAUUUACCACUUUGGUAACCGAGUCGUUAAAAACAAUUUCACCAUUGGACAAGAGUGUGAAUUUGUAUCAUUCACAGGGCACAAGGUUAAGGCUUUGGCAAAGCUGGAAGGUGAGAAUAAGCUGGUUGUCACAAUGCAGGGAUUGACUGCAGUCAUGGAACUGCGUGGAGACAGAAUAAUUGAAACUAUCACUAAUGGAGAAGUUGCCUUCAAGAAAAUUAGCAAAAGAAUUUAAAAGACAGGAGCCGCAUCAAAAGUAAAUGAAGUCAGAACCGCACACUGUUAAUGAAAUGAAAGCAAUCAUUUUUAGAUCCAAAGACACAGAUGGAUUUUUAUUUAGUUAGUUCUGUAAGAAAAUAUUUUUUAAAAACUCUCUGUCCACGUUAAGUACAUAACAAAAUAUGCCAGACUAUCAAAGUUUCAAGUCUCUCAUUUGCUAAUCAAUUUUAACAGUGCCUAGAAGGAAAAAAUGACCCAUAGAAUUAUUUGAUUUGUGUAAACUGAAUAAUGAUGAUUUCCUUAAAGCAAAUUUACAACACAUUUAGCCAGAUGCCCAAUUUUUAUAGAAAAAUCAAGUACUGUAAUAAAAACAGUUAUCGGUGUGAAAUUUCAGUGCUAUAAAGAUGUUGCUAAACCUA